AUGGAGAAUAGCACAGAAGUGACAGAGUUUAUCCUCGUGGGAUUAACAGAUGACCCCAAUCUUCAGGUUCCCCUCCUUUUGAUAUUUUUAUUCAUCUACCUCAUCACCCUGGUUGGGAAUGGGGGGAUGAUGGUGAUCAUCCACUCAGACUCCCAUCUCCACACACCAAUGUACUUCUUCCUCAGCAACCUCUCCUUUGUAGAUCUGGGUUAUUCAUCAGCUGUCGCUCCCAAGAUGGUGGCUGCAUUGCAGUCAGGGAACAAGGUCAUCUCCUACAAGGGAUGUGUAGCUCAGUUCUUCUUCUUUGCGGGGUUUGCCACUGUCGAGUGCUACCUCCUGGCUUCCAUGGCCUAUGACCGCCACGCAGCGGUGUGUAGGCCUCUCCAUUACACCACCACCAUGACAGCAGGUGUGUGUGCCCUCCUGACCGCCAGUUCCUAUGUCUGCGGCUUCCUCAAUGCCUCUAUCCAUGCGGCAGACACCUUCAGGCUCUCCUUCUGUGGUUCUAAUGAGAUUAAUCAUUUUUUCUGUGACAUUCCCCCACUUCUGGCUCUCUCAUGCUCCAAUACACGCAUCAGCAAGUUGGUUGUCUUCUUUGUCGUGGGCUUCAAUGUCUUCUUCACCCUCGUGGUCAUCCUCGUUUCUUACAUCUUCAUAUACAUUGCCAUUCAAAGGAUGCGUUCUGCCGAAGGACGGAAGAAAGCGUUCUCCACCUGUGCUUCCCACCUCACCUCAGUGUCCAUCUUCUAUGGCACCAUCAUCUUCAUGUACUUACAGCCCAGCUCUGGCCAGUCCAUGGACACAGACAAAAUAGCAUCUGUGUUUUACACGGUGGUGAUCCCCAUGCUGAAUCCCUUGAUCUACAGCCUUAGGAACAAGGAAGUUAAAAGUUCUCUCUGGAAAAUGCUCAACAAACUUUACCCUCAAUCUUUAAGUACAAGCAGGAAGUAG